AUGGCCGCCAAAAACCCGCUCCGGACCGCCGCGCGCGUCCUCUGGGGUGAUGUCCAGACGAACCAGCCCUGGCAGCGCAUCCUCAAGUACUCGAUUGCGUGCGUCGGGGCCCUGGUCCUCGCCAUUCUGCCCCAAUUCAAGGGCCGCGAGAACUUUCUCAUUCCCAUGGUUGUCGUCUUUGGCCAUCCGGGUCAGCGUUUGGGCCUCAUGAUUGAGUCGCUGCUCAUGAUCCUUCUUGGAGCUUUUCUCGGCGUCGUGUGGUCGCUGCUCGGCUUAUACCUGGCGAACCUUGUCUUUUCUGAGAAUCGCUCCGCUGCCUACGCGAUCCGCGGCGUCUUCCUGCUUGUGGCUGCGCUCUUGCAUGGGUUCAUACGAUCGCAUAGCCCGCGACUGUUCAACUUUGUGCUGUUCAUGCUGGUGGCGGUCAUCAUCACUGUGCAAGCGCCCCCCGAUGCAACCGUGGCGCUAUUUACAAACAUUUACGUGCCCGUCUGCACCGGAGCGGCCGUGUCUCUGUUCGCCAAUCUGGUCAUCUUUCCCGAGUUUUCCAGCAGCUAUCUCGGCGACUCCGCCAUCACCACGAUAUCCGAAGCCAUGGAGGCCCUGUCUCGCUCCACGCACUGGUUCGUGACGCCGGGCGGAGACUGCGACGAGGUCAGACAGCAGCGUGCCCGCCUUUAUCGCACCACCUCGCGCAAGAGCCGGGCCUCGGUCACGUCGCUCCCGUUCUUCAGACGACUUGUGGCAACUAGGCGGUGGCGCGAAUUUGCUUCCGAGUUUCCGAAUCCGUUCAAAUCGUCGAGUCUCGCCAAGCAGACCAAGGUGCCUAUCGAGCUCACUUCACUCGCCAGCCUGACAGAGAGCAAGAUUAAGAUCCGCUCCAAAUUGCGCGCCUGUCGCGCAGCGCAAGAUGAAGUGAAUUUUGAGAUAUCGUUGUCCAAGCUACCGCCCGAUUCAAUGAGACCUAUUACCAUGGUCUCCAUGGCCAAUCUGAUUCAGGGCAUCAUCACCGUGAUUGGUGCCUGUGAGAACAAAUUUGUUCUAUUGGGCGCAAGUACUACGAAAUCAGCACCAGCCAGAUCACAGACUGCGCAUGUUGUGUCCGGUGCCUCACAACCGCUUCGCGAUGCUUCGAAGCCAGGCAGCGCUCGGAAACGGAAAGGCAAGCGAAGCCAGCAUGCAGAAGAUGUCAAACCAAUCAAAGAGAUUGAAGAGGGUAGUGCUGAGCUGGUCGAGCAUAUUUUGGUUUGCAUCAAAGAUCCGGUCAUGGAACUCCACCAAUCUAUCAAGGAAGCGGUCGCUACUCUCAUAAAUUGUUUAGCGUAUUGUCUCCAAGUGACAAAACUACCGUCUGGUGAAGUAGCUCCUAAGUCGUUAUCAUUGGCCGAUCUAGACGUCAAGAUUGAUCGACUCGCGGAUGCCAUGGUGGCAUUCGACGCCCAAUCAGCGGAAGCUCUCAAAGCCGCGGCCACAGAGUCCGAUGGCCAUGCUCUCGACUUCAUGCCGCGUAUGGAGACGUUUCUCAUCUCAUCCUUUAUCCUGGCCCUUCGCCAGUCUGCUGCGCAAGUCAUGAUCAUGCUACGCCACUCGCGCACGCUGGUCGAGCUCAGACAGCAGCGCAAUAGCAGAUCGCGCCUGUGGUUGCCCAAAUUUGCCAGUUUCAGCCAGUGGCUGUCGAGCGGCGGUACCGAUCCCAGCAUAUCUACGGCUGACAGCAGCAUUGGUUCGACGCGCAAUGACAGUGACGCACCCAAGGAGCUCAAUCCUGACGCUGCGCAGCAUGGAUCGACCGAAAGCAUGCACCGCGCGAGAUCUGGCGAUGAGGAGGUCACAAGUCCAGUAUCCAGCAGCGCAAAUUACGAUGGGAGACAGAGUUAUACGACUAUGGAAGUGUGCAAGUCUUCAUGGAUUGUGCGACUACGGCAUGCUUGUGCAGAUGCGCUAGAAUGGGCACAGAACUCGGAGGAUCUCGUCUACUCUGCCAAGCUCUCCAUUGCUCUUUUCCUCGUCACCUGGCCUGCUUUCGUCCCUACUUGGAACCAGUGGUAUGCUGACGUGCGUGGCAUCUGGGCACCGCUGCAGCUAAUCCUCGUCUUUGAGCUCGCCAUCGGGACGUCGUUGAUUGUAUUCAUCGUACGCCUUUUUGGCGUGGUCUUUGGUGGUGUCAUUGGCUAUCUUUCGUACGAGAUUGCGCGCGGAAACAGAGCCGGUGUCGUAGCUGUUGUACUUUUCGGCAUCGUGCCGUCUAUUUACGUUCAAGUUGCAACAAAGUACGUAAAAGCAGGAAUGAUUUCCAUUAUUUCCAUCGCCGUCGUUGCGUUGUCCGCCGUCAACACCUCAGCGCCUGGCUACGAAGUGUUUUAUCAGCGCCUCGUAGCUUUCAUUAUUGGAGGCGUCGAUGCUGUCCUUGUUGAGAUUUUCAUCUUUCCUGUACGAGCCAGGGACCGCCUCGUGGACUCACUUGCCGACGCCGUCGUCCACGUACAAAACAUGCAGGCGGUCAUUGCUGUCGGUAUCGACCAUCCUGAGCGUCCCAACUUUCGCUCGCGCAAGCUGUACACGCGCUUUAAACGAGCUCGCGACAAGGCCCAAAGCUGUCUCACGGCAGCAGAGACUUACCUUCCGUCUUGCCUCAGCGAGCCCCGCCUCAAAGGAAGCUUCAAACCUCUGGCGCCAAUUUACAGCGAAAUUAUAUACGUUUUGCAUCAAAUCACCGACCGCAUGAAUAGCGUGGUCCAACUGCGCCGCGAGUACGGCUCGUCUAUACUGGAGGACCUGAAUCAUCGCGUGUAUGCCUACCGGCGCAACGUCAUGGGAAGCUGCAAUCUAAUUCUCUUUUCCGUCCACGAAGCACUCACUACGUGGCUCCCCCUUCCGCAAUUUCUCCCCUCGGCGCGCCUCGCGCAGCUACGCCUGAUCAAUCGCGUUCGCGAGGUCCUCGACGCGGAGAGCGCCAAGGGAUCGACGUCGGCGCUGCGCAAAUACGUCGCCGGCCGUCUCGAACUCGAUGAGUCGACGGCCAGCAUCAUCACGAAACGCAAGUUCUUGUCGUGGAACGCGAGCACCUCGGGCCAGAUGGAGAUUAUUGAGUACCUCGAGGAGCUGACGGACCUGGUCAAGCUGCUCGUCGGCGUGAAUGCGUUUCGGCGCGGCAUGCUCGAGGCGCCGAGCUACAGGAUGUACAUGCAACACGGGGACGCGGCGGACCCGGGAGCAGCCGAGGCCGGUGCACCGACUCAGAUGGACGCAUCGGCGACAGAAGGCGAAGACGAAUACCCGGACGUGAGCGUCGCGGAUAUGGUCGGCGGCACGAGACGCUCGAGAGCGGCGACGGUCACGGAGAGGCCGGACAAUCGGCUGCUGGAGCGCGCAGCCCAGUAUUGGCACGGCGCCAGGGACCUGGAGAGCGGUGCGGGAGGGGCCAGCGACGCCGCUGUGGUUGACGACGACGACGACGAAGAUGGCAUGGCUGACAUUCCUGUUAGUCUGCAGCGCGUAGCCACGCGUUUGCGAGAGAAUAAUGCCGCGGUGCGCAGCAGGGCAUUCACGAUUGGCAGCGAAACAAGUCCGUAA